CACACACAGUCAUGUUCACUCAGUAGCUCUGAGUCUCACUGUCUUUCAUAUCUCUCUCACACUUAAAAACUCUUGCACACACGCAGAGACUCACACACACACACACACGCUUGAGUCAGUGUUUGACCAGACGGAGGGAAGAAAGCGAAGACACACAAGAAAAACUGAAAGUCGCUUUUUCUUUUUUUUCUUUUUUUUUUGGGGGGAACUUUGAACUUGGACACAAGGACUUUCCUUUCAGCGCAGGUGGAUACAGACUUUUCCCAAACUCUUGGCUUAAACAAAGCAAAAAGGAAUUUUUGUUUAUUUAUUUUUAAAAAAAUUCAUUGUUGGACUUUUGGACUUGGACUGGGUGAGACCGAGCAGUAAGAGGAAGGAGAUGGGGAGAUGGAUGUUGCGUCUCUCAGUGGGACUCGGGCUUCUUGCCAUCCUUUUGACCUACUGUAAUGCUGAAGAGAACUACUGCUUUGCUGCCAGGGCCAAGAACUGCUCUGAAUGCCUGCGGGCUGGAGUAGGCUGCGCCUACUGCCCUGAUGAGACCUUCAGUGGCCCUCGCUGUGACCUGAGACAGAACAUACUCGCCCAAGGCUGCAGCGCUGCGACUGUGAUCACAGCUCAAAGCAGCGAGAGGACUGAGAGGGCACAACAAAUCAACGUGUCUCUGCAGCAGUCUCAGGUGUUUCCACAGCUGAUGAGCAUGACUUUUCUGCCAGGAGAGGAAAAGCUGGUGAACAUGGAGGUGUUUGCUCCAGACAAAGGCCCUCUGGAUCUUUAUAUUCUUAUGGACUUCUCCAACUCAAUGGCUGAUGAUUUGGACAACUUGAAGCAGAUGGGCAAAGAGCUGGCAUCAUUGGUGGAAAGGCUGUCAAACGACUACACCAUCGGCUUUGGGAAGUUUGUGGACAAAGUGAUUGAGCCCCAGACUGAUAUGAGACCCUCCAAACUUAAACAGCCAUGGCCCAACAGUGACCCUCCGUUCUCUUUCCAAAAUGUCAUCAAGCUGACCAGUGACUUGGCUUUCUUCACCAAUGAGCUCCAGAAGGAGAGAAUAUCUGGCAACCUGGAUGCUCCUGAAGGAGGCUUUGAUGCCAUAUUGCAGGCUGCAGUUUGUGGGGAUAAGAUCGGUUGGCGAGACCACAGCACUCAUCUCCUGGUUUUCUCCACCGAGUCAGCCUUCCACUACGAGGCUGACGGUUCUAACGUGCUGUCAGGCAUCCUGCGGCGCAACGAUGAGCGCUGCCACCUGGACACACAAGGCAAAUACACACAGGAUGUAAAUCAAGAUUACCCUUCAAUACCCACACUGGUCCGUUUGCUGCGCAAGCACAACAUCAUCCCCAUCUUCGCUGUCACCAACCACUCCUACACGUACUACAAGAAACUCCAAGAGUAUUUCCCCAUUGCUGAGGUUGGUCUGCUGCAAGAGGAUUCAUCCAAUAUCCUGCAGGUCAUGGAGAUUGCCUUCAAGAGUAUCAGCUCUAAGAUGAGCAUCCAUGCAGAGGAGAAACCCAAGGCGUUUGAGUCUCAGUUCCUGGACACCAGUGGACGUGUUGUAGAAUAUGGGGCCUUUGAUUUCAAGCCUGGAGCAAAAGGCAAGCUCAAGAUGCGUCUCAAAGCCCAGCGGAUGAUCGAGGAGGACCCUGUCUGUCAGAUGGAUCUGAAUGAAAAAGAAGGGACCAUGAGAAUCAAACCGACAACCUUUAGCUCUGCUCUCAACAUUAAGGCCUCAGUUUUGUGUCCGGUCUGCGAAUGUGAGAAGACUCCCGUCAUUAAAGCAGCCAUAUGCAACGGCAAUGGAGACCUAGUCUGUGGGAAGUGUAGCUGUUAUGACGGAUGGGUGAGCACAUUCUGUAACUGCUCAGCCAAAUCUUCAGUCCAGGACAGCAGCCAGUGCAUAGGCCCGGGCAUGACUGAACCGUGUUCAGGCCGGGGAGAGUGCAUGGAGUGUGGCGUCUGCGUGUGCAACAACAAAGAUCAGUUUGAAGGACCCUACUGUCAGUACGACAAGACCAAGUGUCAAAGAUUCGGAGGCUUCCUCUGCAAUGAUCGUGGCUCCUGCAUUAUGGGUCGUUGUGUGUGUACAGAAGGCUGGGAGGGAGGCGCCUGCGAGUGUCCCAAGAGCAACCAGACCUGUCUGGACACUAAGGGGGGCGUCUGCAAUGGGCGAGGUGAAUGUGUCUGCGGUCGCUGUGAGUGUCAGAGCGCUGGUAUUGAGUUGACUUCCACCUGUGAGCCAAAUUUCCAGGCCCAGCUGGGCGUGUGUGAAGGUACGAGGAGUUGUGUCCAGUGUCAAGCCUGGAAGACAGGAGAGUAUAAGGAGACAGAGAAGUGUGACAAGUGCCCCUUUAAAAUUGAACUGGUGGAUGAACUCAAAGAAUCGGAGAACAGGCGUGAGUCAUGCAGUUUCCGUGAUGAGGAUGACGACUGUACGUACUACUACACUGUUGAGAACCCUAAAGAUCCGAAAGUUGGAGUCUUGGAGGUUCAGGUGCUCAAGAAGAAAGAUUGUCCUCCUGCUAGCCUCCUGUGGUUGCUCCCUCUCAUCUUGUUCCUCCUGUUACUGCUGGCGCUUCUGCUGCUCUGCUGCUGGAAAUUCUGCGCCUGCUGUAAAACCUGCUGGCAGAGCUGUCUUGGCCUGCUGCCUUGCUGUAGGAGAGGCCGCAUGGUUGGCUUCAGGGAAGAUGAGUAUUUGCUCCGCCAGUCUCUGCUCACCUCAGACCAUCUGGACACACCAAUGGUGAGGACGGGCCCACCCAAAGGAACUGAUGUGGUUCGCUGGAAGGUGACAGAUAAUGUGCACCAAGGACCCAAUCACCCCCAGGCUCUGAUAAAGCCCAAUCCUAAAGAGACCAUCCAGUUCCCAGUCUCCCUCCGGCUGAACAGGUUGUUUUCUGACAGCCUCUCUCGCCCUGAAUCCAGAGACGCCGAGCAGCUCCGCAAGGAAGUGGCCGAUAAUCUGAAUGAGGUGUACAAACAGAUCCCCGGGGCCCAGAAGGUCCAAAAAACCACUUUCAGAAUGCAGAGAAAUGCUGGAAAAAGGCAGGACUACACCAUCAUGGACACCGUCUUGUCUGCUCCACGCAGCAGUUAUCCUGACAUUGUCAAACUCACAGAGAAAAAUGUCCAGUCUGGAAACUUCCAUGACCUCAAAGUGGUGCCUGGCUACUACACUGUGGCCACAGACAGAGAGGCUGCGGGAGCCAUAGAGUUCCAGGAAGGUGUGGAGUCAGUGGAUGUUCAUGUGCCACUCUUUGUCAAGGAUGAAGAUGAUGACAAGAAACAGCUGCAGGUCGAGGCCAUGGAUGUGCCACUGGGCAUUGCUGAGAUUGGAAAACGUUUGGUUAACAUCACCAUCAUCAAGGAGCACGCCACAAGCGUGUUCUCGUUCCUCCAGCCGUCCUACAUCUACAGCAGAGAUGAUGGAGUGGCCAACAUUCCAAUCAGCAGAGAGAUCAUUGAGGACGGACGCACACAGGUCACCUACCGUACACGGGACCUCACAGCCAAGGACAGGAAGGACUACAUGACUGUGGAAGGAGAUCUGGCCUAUAAUGCUGGUGAGACCCAGAAGACAGUUACUGUUCGUCUGCUGGAGCUGGGUGAGAAAGAUGGCCUUUUGGAAGACAAACAGGUCAAGCAGUUUGUCAUGGACCUCAGUAACCCACGGCAGGGCGCCAAGCUGGGCCGCUACCCGAGAACUACUAUCACCAUCGCAGACCAACCAGAACCCAGUGGGGUGAUGUUCAAAAAGGACAUUCAGAGCUUCACCACGUCAGACCCAACCUACACCAUCCCUGUGGUCCGCACUCGAAACCAGGACAGCCCUGCCACAGUGAAAUGGCGCACCAAGAAGGGCCAGCGUUUUGAUCUCUCCGGAUCUCUGAAGUUCAAUCCCGGAGAGACAGAAAAGAACAUAGUGAUUGACCCGAAAUCCUAUCCCGGCCCCAUCCAGCCAGAAACCUUCCAACUGGACCUGCUUGACCCAAGUGGUAACACUUCUAUUGGAGAGAAGAAGUCUACCCUUGUCAAGGUCACAGACGGAGCUCCUGAUGUUGCUCAGAUGCAGCAGAAGGGCUACGUCAGCCCGAAAGCCACCUUGCCUGGUGGCCAACUUAUGUCCCCAGCAAACCUUAAAGCCAAAGCAACUGGACCCAGAAACAUCCGGCUCAACUGGGACCCACCACCUGGUAACCCCAUGGGCUACAAGGUGAAGUACUGGAUCUUUGGUGAUCCAGAGAAAGACGCCCAGGUCUUAGAUGUGAAGACUCCUCAGGCUGAGUUGAAUAACCUGUACCCCUAUUGUGACUAUGAGAUGCGAGUGUGCGCCUACAACGCGUUGGGAGAUGGCCACAAUACCAGCAUUGUUUCCUGUCAAACUCUGGAGGAUGUGCCUGGUGAACCUGGACGUCUGGCCUUCAAUGUCAUCAGUCCAACUGUCACUCAGCUCAGCUGGGCAGAGCCUGCGGAGACCAAUGGCAACAUUACAGCUUACGAAGUCAUCUACACACCCAUCGAUGAUGAACUGAAGCCAGUGGGCCCUGCCAAGAAAGUAAAGAUUGACAACCCCAAGAAACGAAUGCUGUUGAUUGAGAACCUCCAGAAUGCCCAGACCUACCAGUACAAGGUCCGUGCCCAGAACAGCAUUGGCUGGGGCCCCUUCAGAGAUGCUACCAUCAACUUGGCAUCCCAGCCUGCCAGACCUUUGUCCAUUCCCAUCAUUCCAGACAUCCCUAUUGUGGAUGCAGAAGCGGGAGAUGAGUAUGACAGCUACCUGAUGUACAGCAAUGAGGUGCUGAAGUCCCCUGCAGGCUCCAAGACACCCAGCGUCUCUGGUGAUGAUUACAUGAUGAAUGGGAAGUGGGAUCAGAACUUCCUUUUCCCAGGAGGAUCGGUGACACGCAACUUGUCAGCAUCAUCCUCUCCCAUGUCCACCCUGAGCUCAAACUACAGAGGGGCAGGCGGCUCCUCCUUUACCACAGAAACCACCACCACUUACAUGUCCGGACCAGGAAGCUCUCGGAGACAGGAUAUAAUUGGAGGUGGAGUGCAUACAUCAGAAGUCAUCAUGAGGAAGCGCUCAGAGAACAGGGGUUACACAGAUGAAAACAUCCGGGACUCUAUUGUCAUGGGAGAUGUGUCGAGCAAGUUUCCAGAUCUUGGUGGUUUCGGCUACACUGGGAUGCAGAGCAGCUCUCAGAGCCAGUUCAGCUACAGCCUGUCUCAGGCUUCGCGGGCCAGGACCCAGUCUUCGGAUGUCAACGAAGCCUUAUAUAAUCUGGACAGGGUGCUCCAGGAUGCACGAGUCUCUCCUGGCGUCCCAGACACCCCCAGCAGACUGGUGUUUUCUGCUCUGGGUCCCACUGCCCUCAAAGUCAGCUGGCAGGAGCCCCACUGUGAGAGGGACAUCCUUGGCUACUGUGUCCUCUACCAGCUGAUCACUGGAGGUGAUGUGAAGCGCAUCAGUGUGACGAACCCAGCAGAGAACUCUGUGAUCAUCCAGGACCUGCUGCCCAACCACUCCUACCUGUUUAAGGUGAAGGCUCAGAGCGAGGAGGGCUGGGGUCCAGAGAGAGAAGGGGUCAUCACCAUCGAGUCUGCUGUUGAUCCCAAGAGUCCCCUCAGUCCUAUGCCAGGCUCACCAUUUACUCUGAGCACUCCCAGUGCUCCAGGCCCCCUGGUCUUCACUGCUCUGAGCCCUGAUUCCCUGCAACUCAGCUGGGAGAAACCUCGCAAACCCAACGGAAACAUCCUGGGCUAUGUGGUCACCUGCGAACAGCUGCAUGGUGGAGGUGACAUGCGUUCCUUCCAGGUGAACGGCGACAGCGCUGAGACCAGUCUGACUGUUCCAAACCUGACUGAGAAUGUUCCCUACAAGUUUAAGGUCCAGGCUCGGACCACACAGGGCUUCGGUCCAGAGAGGGAGGGAAUCAUCACCAUCGAGUCUCAAGAUGGAAGUGCGUUGUCUCAGUACAACAGCCAAUCAAUGACAAGGAGGGAAGUUUUCCACUUGCCAACAGAAACCAGCACACGAACCAGUGUAUCACACACCAUGAUCAACGACCCCUAUUUCUCAGAUGGGAUGAUGAUGACCACCCAGCACACAGAGACCAGUGGCAUGGUGACUCGUCAAGUCACCAAGGAAGUGGUUCAGAGGAGCGUCAUUGGAGGAACAACUGUCACAAAGAAGAUGUUUUAUGAAUCUUAAGAUCUUAUUUAACGCUGCCCAACGUAACACCCAAAGGUCCAACAUGACGAGGAAUCAGAGAUUCUCUUUUACAGAGAGUUGACUUCAGAGUACUCACACGGUCAGUGUAUAUUUAUAUAUAUAUAUAUAUAUGUGUGUGUGUGUGUGUGUGUGUGUGUGUGUGUGUGUGUGUGUGUAGGUGUGUGUAGGUGUGUGUAGGUGUGUGUAGGUGUGUGUAGGUGUGUGUGUGUGUGUGUGUAGGUGUGAGAUUCUGUGACCAAAAAAAAAAAUUUCAUGGAGAGGAGGCCUUUUUAUUGUUGUCUGUUACAAACUGUGGCCACUGUCCUUCAGGAUGAGGUUCAUUUCAACAUGUCCAAUAACUUUCACUGUUGCUUCAUUCUGGUUUCUUUCCAGUAAGGAAAUCAGUUUCGUGUUAGACUCCACUCCCUCUGUUGGUUCAGAUCUGGAAACACAGACUGGGGCUUUAAAAUAGGCAAGCAUGUCUGUGUGUGUGUUUUUUUUUUUUUUUUUUUUCUCUUCUCAGAUGCUUUAUAAGGUUCUUUUUCAUGCAAGUGGUCCUAUCCUUAGUGAUCGAGAGCAUCGAAGUGGAGUAUUUGGGGACUUUUGUUCAUAGAUUUGUAUUAUAUUUAAGUGUGAUAAAAGUUUUUUUUUCCAACCAUAUUUAAUACUUUUUAAUAUUUUUACUUCAGUAGACUGACAUUGAAUUUCAUGCCAAAUACAGAGAUAUUUCUGCACACACAGGUUUGUGCUUGUGUCGUUGCUUUAUAGGCACAGUUUGUACUGACGAGCAGAGGGAUGAUUAUGAUCUCAAAACUCUAUUAGAUAUGAUGUGGUUUUGCAUUUCAGAAGAUGUUUAAACUCCACAAUGUGGUGUACACUGCUUCAACAUACAUCUCGUGUGCUUCUUUACUCUGCAUGGCCGUUGUAUUUUGCAUUUUGGGUAUUUCAACAUUUUAACAAUGAAUUCUUGAUGUUUUAGAGAAAUUGUAUGUAAAGACACAAAGAUUGUAUUUGCUUAAAUGCAAGUCCUACUGUGUUCAGGCCUCACAUUUCGUUAAAAAUGCUUUAUUAUCUAAAACACAUUUUAGAUAAACAUCUGUAUUUUUUUUUUAGGAAAUACAAAUAGGUGGAUCAACUUUUCACCAAAACCAGACUCAGUAAAGUAUUGAUGUACUUUUGAUCAUCAUGUAUCACUUACUUUUGAGCGGUUGACUUUUUUUUGCAUGGUCUUCUUUUUCCUGUACUUCUAUUGCACUUAAAGAUUUUGAAAUUAAAAGAUUUCUGUUAUAUAUGAA